AACCCCCCUUCGAAAACUAAUAUUUUGCUCAUUUGAUUCCUCCAUCUUCGAUUUAUAUAUCUAACAAAGAAAAGAAAAGCUAAAUUCGGACUUUUAUUAGAUUUCUCAUGGAGGAUAAAUCCAAGAAACUUGGAACCAGAAGAAUUACAAGAGAUUUACUACCAGCUCACCACUUAUUUAAAGUAGAAUCCUUCUCUUUGUUGGCCGAAACAGGGCUGGAAAAGUAUGAAUCUGAUGUUUUUGAGGCUGCCGGUCACAAAUGGAGAUUGUCAUUCUACCCAAACGGAGACAAUAAAAGAAACGGAUGUGGCUUCAUCUCCCUUUACUUGGUAAUUGAAGACACAGAAAAUUUACCACUUAAUUGGGAAGUCAAUGUCAGCUUUAGGUUAUUUGUACUUGACCAGAUUCGAGAUAAGUACCUGAGCAUUGAAUUUGAAGGUGACCCAGUCAAGAGAUUUCAUUGGAUGAGGACUGAAUGGGGAUUCACCCAUUUAAUCUCCCUUGAGUCAUUUAAUGACAUUUCCAAUGGAUACCUCGUCGAUGAUUGUUGCAUAUUUGGGGCAGAGGUUUUUUUAAUGGAACCCAACUAUAAAUGUGAAUGUCUUUCCAUGAUAAAGGAGCCUGAGGACAAUACCAUAAUUUUCAAGAUGGAAAACUUCUCAAAAUUAGACAAGAAGUAUUAUGAAUCUGCCGUUCAAACUAUUGGCGAUUCAAAGUGGAAAUUGAUCGUUUAUCCCAGGGGACAUGUGGAAUCUAAGGGCAAAGCAAAAGGGAAAUGGAUUGUUUGUCCCAGUGGAAAUGCAAAAUUUAAGGGCAAAGCACUCUCCGUCUUCCUGGAGUUGGUUGAGGUUCCCCUUAAGCGUAAAGUGUAUGCAGAAUACAAGCUUCGGGUAAGGGACCAAAUCAACGAUAAUCAUAAGGAAUUCACAGGAAUCAGAAGAAUUACAAGAGAUUUCCCACCAGCACACUACUUAUUUAAAGUAGAAUCCUUCUCUUUGUUGGCCAAAAUAGGGGUGGAAAAGUAUGAAUCUGAUGUUUUUGAAGCUGCCGGCCACAAAUGGAGAUUGUCACUUUACCCAAACGGAGACAAUAAAAGCAACGGAAGUGGCUUCAUCUCCCUUUACCUGGUAAUUGACGACACAGAAAAUUUACCUCUUACUUGGGAAGUUAAUGUCAGCUUCAGGUUAUUUGUGCUUGACCAGAUUCGAGACAAGUACUUGACCAUUGAAGAUUCUGAUGGGGCAGUCAAGAGAUUUCAUUGGAUGAAGACUGAAUGGGGAUUCGCCCAAUUAGUCUCCCUUGAGUCAUUUAAUGACACUUCCAAUGGAUACCUCGUCCGUGAUUGUUGCAUAUUUGGGGCAGAGGUUUUUUUAGUGGAACGCAAUUGUAAAUGGGAAUGUCUUUCCAUGAUAAAGGAGCCUGAGGACAAUACCAUAAUUUUCAAGAUGGAAAACUUCUCAAAAUUAGACAAGAAGUAUUAUGAAUCUGCUGUUCAUACCAUUGGCGAUUCAAAAUGGAAACUGACAGUUUAUCCCAGGGGAAAUGUGAAAUUUAAGGGCAAAGCACUCUCUGUCUUCCUAGAGUUGGCUGAGGCUGACAAGCUUCCCCUUAAGCGGAAAGUGUAUGCAGAAUACAAGCUUCGGGUGAGGGACCAAAUCAACGAUAAUCACAUGGAAUUCACAGUUGAACGUUGGUUUAGUGCAACAAGUGCUAACUGGGGUUAUCCACAGUUCAUGGCACUGAAGGUUCUCCACGAUGCAUCCAAGGGUUUCAUUGUGAAUGAUAGUUUGAUUGUUGAAGCAGAAAUUACCCUCAUUUCUAAAGUCAAGCGUUUCUCAUAAAAAAAAUGUUAGGUUUUGUGUUAUUAAGAUCAUUUUAAGACAGUAACAUGGAAUAUCUUUGUUCAUGCACUGCUGUACAUGGAUAUGUGUUUGAUUGAUUAAGAGUGAUUAAUUU